AUGAGCAACCCUCAGUCGAAUGAAGCCGAGAAAAACAUCGAGAUCUGGAAGGUAAACAAGCUUAUCAAGCGCCUGGAAUCCGCUCGUGGAAAUGGAACUUCCAUGAUUUCGCUCAUCAUCCCGCCGAAGGAUCAGAUUUCUCGUGCAGCACGGAUGUUGGCUGAAGAAUACGGUACUGCGUCCAACAUUAAGUCUCGUGUCAACCGUCUCUCCGUCUUGUCGGCUAUCACAUCCACCCAGCAGCGUCUCAAACUGUACAACAAGGUUCCCCCGAAUGGCUUGGUCGUGUACUGUGGUGAAAUCAUUACCUCGGAAGGAAAGGAGCGCAAGAUCAAUAUCGAUUUCGAGCCCUUCAAGCCCAUCAACACCUCCCUAUACCUUUGUGACAACAAGUUCCAUACUGAAGCCCUGAGUGAGUUGCUGGAGUCUGAUCAAAAGUUCGGUUUCAUCAUCAUGGACGGUAACGGUGCGCUCUUCGGUACACUGAGCGGUAACACCCGUGAAGUUCUUCAGCGACUUUCGGUAGAUUUGCCCAAGAAGCACGGCCGUGGUGGUCAAUCUGCUCUGCGUUUCGCCCGUCUCCGUGAGGAGAAGCGUCACAACUACGUGCGUAAGAUUGCCGAGUUGGCUGUUCAGAACUACAUCACCAACGACAAGGUUAACGUUGCUGGAAUUGUCCUGGCUGGUUCCGCCGAUUUCAAGAACGACCUUAACCAGUCCGAUCUUUUCGACGGACGUCUGGCGGCCAAGGUCAUCAAGGUUGUUGACGUGUCAUAUGGUGGUGACAAUGGUUUCAACCAGGCUAUUGAGCUCUCUGCAGAGACUCUGAGCAGCGUCAAGUUUAUCCAGGAGAAGAAGCUUAUUGGCACUUACUUCGAUGAGAUUAGUCAGGACACCGGCAAGAUUUGCUACGGCGUCGAUGACACUCUCAAGGCCCUUGAGCUUGGUGCCGCCGAAACCCUCAUUGUUUAUGAGAACCUGGAUGUUACUCGAUGGGUUCUUAAGGCCUCCUCCGGUACCGACGUUGUUCUCCACACCACCAAGGCCCAAGAACUCGACCGUGAGCAGUUCACUGACAAGGACACUGGAACUGAGAUGGAGGUCAUUGACUCUAGCUCCUUCCUUGAAUGGCUCGCGGAGAACUACAAGGAUUUCGGUGCCAACCUGGAGUUUGUUUCUGACCGGUCCAGCGAAGGUAACCAGUUCGUCAAGGGCUUUGGUGGUAUCGGUGCCCUUCUCCGAUACAAGGUGAACUUUGAACAGCUUGCCGAUUACAGUGACGACGACGAGUUCUACGAUGAGAGCGAGGAUGAAUGGCCAGAAGCUCCCUCAAUGAGUGUUCUGACGGCUCGCCACGUGAAUCACGAAGGCGGCUCCAAGAAUGAAAUCCAGGCGUCCCCAAAGGUCUACGUGACCAGUCUGGUCCAAGCUUAUUAA